UUUGGUACAGGGAGAAAAGGAGGCCACAAAGGCCGGGCAAGGCAGUACACGAGUCCUGAAGAGAUCGAUGCGCAGCUCCAAGCAGAAAAGCAGAAGGCAAGGGAAGAAGAGGAGCAAGAAGAGGGAGGCGAAGGAGCAACAGGGGACCCCAAAAAGGACAAGAAGUCUUUAGAUUCAGAUGAGAGCGAUGAAGAUGACGAGGACUAUCAGCAAAAGCGCAAAGGCGUGGAAGGGUUGAUAGACAUAGAGAAUCCCAAUCGUGUAAUUCAGACAACCAAAAAAGUAACUCAGCUGGACCUGGAUGGACCCAAGGAACUCUCGCGACGAGAGCGGGAGGAGAUUGAGAAACAAAAGGCGAAAGAAAGAUACAUGAAAAUGCACCUCGCUGGCAAAACAGAACAAGCCAAGGCAGAUCUCGCCCGACUAGCCAUCAUUCGGAAGCAAAGGGAAGAAGCUGCCAGGAAGAAAGAAGAGGAAAGAAAAGCAAAAGACGAAGCGGCGAUGGCAGGUAAAAGACUGCAGUCCCUGUCCCUUAACAAGUAAGCGCAGGACACGCGAGAGGAGGAAUCGCCAGGAAGCCGUGCCUGGUGCCUGCCAGGAACUCUGUCGUGUUGCAUACCAUGGGUGCCACGCAGGGUACACUGCGGCAUCGAAGUCACCUCCACCUCCAAGAGACACUGACGAUGUGUUUGUCUUCAUCCUGGCACAGAUUUCCA